AUGGCUGCUGCUUGCCCUCUCCCGGCGACCCAGGACCUGCCCACGCUGCAUGCCAAGUUACAGGGACUGCUGCGGUUCCUGAGGGACGCUCUGCCUAUUUCCAACGCGCACACGGUGGACUUCUACACAGAGUCCGUGUGGGAAAAGCUGGUUGACUUGUCUCCGGAGACUGUGCCGGCUGCGUUGAAGAGGUCCGAGGCGGAGGCGGAGGCGGAGGCCAGGUUUCCGGAGGCGCGGCCCCUGGUGGAAGCAGAGGCGCGAGCAGGUGUUAGUGAUUUUCCAAAAGCAUUUUGUGAAACUUCUCAGAAGCUAUCGAGUGUGGAAGCCUUUGCUCUGGCUGCAAAAUAUUAUUCUGUUCAAAACUUGGGAAUGUGUACUCCUUUUGAACAGUUGCUUGUAGCUCUUCAAGGAAAUAAAAAACAGAGGACUGCUGAAAAUUUGAAGCCAGUUGAGUUUAUGAAUAUGAAAAAAUCUCAUGAAGUUCAGGCAAUGUCACAGCUGAUCUGCAGUAUUACUGAUUACUACGGAGUAAAGCAGGUUAUUGACCUGGGUUCUGGGAAAGGCUAUUUAAGCUCCUUUUUGUCCUUGAAGUAUGGCUUAAAAGUUUAUGGAAUUGAUUCCUCAAAUACCAAUACUCAUGGAGCUAAGGAGAGAAACAGGAAAUUGAAGAAACAUUGGAAACACUAUCAUACUCAAUCAAGAGUAGAUGUGAAUGGAGUGGCCUUAAAAAUGACAAAAGAAAGGAAAGUGCAAAAUGAAAUUAAGUAUAAUGCAAACGUUGAAGAAACAUAUAAUAAUAGUUCUGCAAAUCAAGAAAAAAUGUCUCCCUCAGAUUAUUUGCCAGAUUUUUCAGGCUCUGUAAUUUCUGACAUUAGAAAACAAAUGGAAAACCUACACGCUCAACCCCAUGGAGAAGAUAAUUUGUGUUUUGAAAAUCCCUUUUCUCUGAUAGACUUUUUACCUAUCAAUGCUAUAGAGACAAACUCUUCAUCUCAAAUACUCAACAGAGAAAUUUCUGAAGCAAAUAAAGAGAGAAGAAAAUUGGCAUCAAAGUCAAACGAAUCAAAUAUAUAUUCACCGUUAACCUCUUUUAUCACUGCUGAUUCUGAACUACAUGACAUUAUUAAAGAUCUGGAGGAAUGUUUAAUGGUGGGUCUACAUACUUGUGGUGAUCUUGCUUCAAAUACUCUGCGAAUAUUUGCUUCCAAUUCAGAAAUCAAGGGAGUUUGCAGUGUGGGUUGUUGCUACCACCUCUUAUCUGAAGAGUUUGAAAAUGAGCAUAAAGAAUGUAUUCAAGAAAAGUGGGGAUUUCCAAUGUGCCAUUAUUUAAAGGAAGAGAGGUGGUGCUGUGGUCGUAAUGCCAGAAUGUCAGCCUGUUUGGCAUUGGAGCGGGUUGCACUUGGCCAAGGGCUGCCUACUGAAUCACUCUUCUAUCGUGCUGUUCUUCAGGAUAUUAUUAAAGAUUGUUAUGGCAUCACAAAAUGUGAGCAGCAUGUUGGUAAAAUCUAUUCCAAAUGUUCUUCUUUUCUGGAUUAUGUCAGAAAGUCUCUAAAGAAGCUUGGAUUAGAUGAGUCCAAGUUGCCAGAAAAAAUUAUAAUGGACUACUAUGAGAAGUAUAAACCUAGAAUGAAUGAGCUGGAAGCAUUCAAUAUGUUGAAAGUAUUUCUGGCUCCUUGUAUAGAAACAUUGAUUCUUCUGGAUCGACUUUGCUACCUUAAGGAGCAGGAAGAUAUUGCAUGGUCUGCACUUGUGAAGUUGUUUGAUCCUGUGAAAUCUCCCAGAUGUUAUGCUGUUAUUGCUCUGAAGAAGCAGCAAUGAUUUCAAAUGAAGCAAGUUAUUAGUUAUACAUGUUUGCAGAACUUGUUGAUAACCUUGCUUUUCUAAACAUUUAUGUGUUAUUAUGUAAAUAUUUUAAAAUAAUUGCUAUAUUUUUACAUAAACAAUAAAAUAAAUAAUGGCUAACAACAGAAA